CACCAAAAAAGCAGAGCAACCCGCAUUACCCCACGGGAUCCAACUGGAUUCACCUCGUCCUGCUCCCCCUCUCUCCCUCGCCGGAGCCCGAUCGAAGAAGGUACGCCGCUUCCCAUCCGAUGGCUCCUCUCCUUUCGCCACCGCUGCUCGCCGACUCGGUGGCGAAGUUCCAUUGCCCCUCCACGCCCACCCCCUGCGCUGGCAGUGCCCGGCGAUGGGCUAUCACAAGGUUCUCCGGGGCCGGGAGGAGGAGAGACUGCCACUGGAGACGGCGGACGUCCGGGAGGAGAGUUCUGACUGUUUCUGCGGUGGCGGCGGAGUCCCCGAGCUCCGGAGGCGGCGUCGCCGAAGAUUACUACGCCGUUCUUGGCGUUAUGCCGGAUGCAACACCCCAGCAGAUCAAGAAAGCGUACUACAAUUGCAUGAAAGCAUGCCAUCCUGAUCUCAGUGGGAAUGACCCCGAUGUGACGAAUUUCUGCAUGUUCAUCAAUGAAGUUUACACGGUGCUUACCGAUCCCAUCCAGCGAGCGGUGUAUGAUGAGAUUCAUGGAUAUGCCGCAACAGCAACCAACCCCUUCUUGGAUGACAGUGCACCCAGGGAUCAUGUGUUUGUCGAUGAGUUUAGCUGCAUAGGAUGUAAAAACUGUGCUAAUGUCUGUUCUAAGGUCUUCGAAAUUGAGGAAGAUUAUGGACGGGCAAGAGUUUACUGCCAAUCAGGGAAGGUCGAUCUAAUUCAAGAAGCUAUAGACACAUGUCCAGUAGACUGCAUCCAUUGGACAUCAGCUGCACAGCUUUCACUCCUCGAGGAUGAAAUGCGAAGAGUAGAGAGAGUGAACGUUGGUUUGAUGCUUGCCGGGAUGGGAAGUUCCGUUGAUGUGUUUCGGAUGGCAAGUACACGAUGGGAGAAAAGACAGGCAAAAGUCUUGGAAAAGGUCAGAAGACGUGUGAGCCAAGAUGAUUCUAGUAAGAAGAGCUCAUGGAGUGAUGUUUGGGGAGCACCAACAAGAUAUCGAAAGAAUGAAGAGGAAGCAAGGGAGAGAGCAAAGCGAGCAGCGGCGGCAGCAAGGAGGUGGAGAGAAUACUCGAGGAAAGGUGCAGACAAGCCUCCUACAUUCAAACUUCCAGAGGCAGUGUCCAACAAGGAGUGAGAACACAGUCAAAUGAAAAUUUUUAUCCAGCAGUACUACCUAACCCAAAUUGAAAUCAUGUAUAGUCUAAUUAUUUCCAGGGAGCUGUAUAGCAUUUGCUCUCUCACCCUCAAUUCCACAUGAUGACCACAUGCUAUAUCUUCAAAUAUUUUGUUAGAGAUAAUCGGUGUUGGUCACCCCAUAGAAUACAUAAUUGCAGAUUACAGAUGUAAAAGUAAAACAAGGGUAGAUGAUACUGUACUAUUGCUACUCACACAGUUAUGGUAUGAAAGUUUAGA